AUGGCUGAUGAUGAAUUGGAAGCACUCGACGCCCUCGAGAGAGAGGCGUCUGAAUUUACAAAAGACGCGGAAAUCGAUCGCAUCAGAAAGGCUUUCCAACUGGACGCCUAUGCGGUUCUCGACCUCCAGCCUGGCGUCCCCGACUCCGACAUAAAAAUGCAAUACCGCAAGAAAUCCCUCCUCAUACAUCCAGAUAAAUCCUCAAACCCCGCAGCGCCCGACGCCUUUGACCGCUUAAAAAAAGCCCAGACAACGCUGUUAGAUGAAAAAGCACGAGCCCACCUCGACGAGUGCAUAGCCGAUGCGCGACGACUAUUAAUCAGAGAACAUAAAUAUACGCUCGAUUCACCCGAAUUAAAGACUGAAGAAUUCAAGAAGGAAUGGCGUCAGAAGACUAUAGAGGUUCUUGUUGAGGAAGAGGCGAGGCGGAGACGACGGUUAAAGGCGCAGAUGCAGGAGGAAGGCAGGGAAAAGAGGAAAGAGGAGGAAGAGAUAGAGGCGCGGAAACGGAAGAGGGAAGACGAGAAGGCUUGGGAAGAAUCGCGCGAUGAGCGGAUUGGGAGCUGGAGGAAUUGGCAGAAGGGGAAAUCGGAGAAAGGGGAGGGAAAGAAGAAGAAAAAGAUGAAGGUGUUGGGAUGA